UUGUCCUGGCAGGACGAGCUGAUGUGCAUAGAAUGCAGGCAUCUUAAGAACCAGGAUCAAUCGAAUCAAGCCAGGGACAGCUACCGAAUCUGCGCAAAUCCUUUGAUGCCAGAGAUUUGUCCUUUCCUUGCUCUCGGAAUCUACUUCCUUUCUUACACGCCUGACGAGCAAAAGCUCUUUCCUGGCUCCCAUCAGUAUCACAGGUUUCUCGCAGGCCUGCAGAGAGUUUUAACCCCCGAUGAAAGCUCG